AAGCGUAGUGAAAUCCAGAAGRGCUGUGGCGACACCGUUGUGGGAGCAGGCCUGGGACAGGAGCUUGCUUCCUGGUUUUGGCCACUGGUAGUGCAUGGCGGCUUAUCCUAACUCUGUCCUGAAGUGAGGUGGAAAAUCUGACCAGUAAUCCAGCAUCAGUAAGAAAACCAAGGUGUCCAGACUUCAGGAGGCCACCAUGAAUGGGCAGCUGGACUUAAGUGGAAAGCUGAUCAUCAAAGCUCAGCUUGGUGAAGAUAUCAGGAGGAUUCCUAUCCAUAAUGAGGACAUCACCUAUGAUGAGUUAGUACUAAUGAUGCAAAGAGUAUUUAGAGGGAAACUUCUGAGCAAUGAUGAAGUCACAAUAAAAUAUAAAGAUGAAGAUGGAGAUCUUAUAACAAUUUUUGAUAGCUCGGAUCUUUCCUUUGCAAUUCAAUGCAGUAGGAUACUUAAGCUGACUUUAUUUGUUAAUGGACAACCAAGACCCCUAGAAUCCAAUCAGGUGAAAUAUCUGCGUCGAGAACUGAUAGAACUUCGCAAUAAAGUCAAUCGUUUGCUGGACUGUCUAGAGCCGCCCGCGGAGCCUGGGAUUUCUGCUAACCUGCCUGAAAAUGAUGCUGUGGAUGGUAGGGAAGAAAAACCUGCUGCUGCUGACUCUACUGUUAAGCCAUCUACUCAAGUUAUAGCAGCAAGCAUGUCUGCAUUUGAUCCGCUAAAAAAUCAGGAUGAAAUCAGCAAGAAUGUCAUGUCAGCGUUUGGCUUGACUGAUGAUCAAGUAUCGGGACCACCCAGCGCCCCCGCCGAGGAGCGCUCGGGGACCCCGGACAGCAUCGCGUCCUCCUCCUCCGCAGCCCACCCGCCCGGGGUGCAGCCGCAGCAGCCGCCCUACGCGGGGACGCAGCCGCAGGCUGCUCCGGUGGAAGGCCAGAUGUACCAGCAGUACCAGCAGCCUGGUUACCCGGCUCAGCAGCCUCAGGCGCAGCCGCAGCAGCCGCAGCAGCCGCAGCAGCAGUACGGCCUGCAGUACCCAGCAGGUUACAGCCAGCAGCCGCCCUCGCAGCAAGCGCAGCAGUUCCCGGCCUACACGGCGCCCGCGGCGGCGGCGGCAGCGGCGCAGGCGCCGGCGGCGUUCGCGGGGCAGGCGCCGCAGCAGGCGUACGCGGCGGGCAGCUACGCGCCGCAGCCGCAGCCCUACACCACGCAGGCCUCGCCGGCGGCGCCCUACAGCGGCGCCCCGGGCGCGCAGGCGGCGCCGGGCGCCUUCCAGCCGCGGCCGGGCUUCACGCCGCCGCCGGGCAGCACCAUGACGCCGCCGCCGCCCAGCGGGCCCAACCCCUACGCCCGCAACCGGCCGCCCUUCGGCCAGGGCUACACCCAGCCCGGGCCCGGCUACCGGUGAGGGGCUGCCCCACGGCCGGCCCUCCCCACCCCACUGACUCCAGGGUUUUUAACUGAGGCUCCGCAACCAUGGUGAGGCACCACGUCCUUUAUAACCGUAGCUGGUACUUCAAUUCUGCUGGCGGGGGGGAUGGGUGACCAAAUGAAUCGUUUCUGCUUCAAAUUGUAUCUGCUUCUAGUUUAAUUUGGGGUUGGGUUCUUGUGUUUUCUCCCCUUGCCCCCUCCGCCCCCUUUUUUUUUUUGUUUUGGGAAACACUACCUAAAUGUCUGUGAAGUGAUUGACAUUCUAGCUCGCCUUGUUUGAAGGAUAUUGAAAUCCUAGUUGGAAGUUUAGCCCACUUAUCAGGCUUGUUUUUACUAACACCAUGAUGUACUAAAUUAGAAUCAUUCUGGAGUUGAAAGUAGGUAUGAUGUAUUAUAAAUUGUAAUGCUCACAUGGAAAGCUAAUAAAAAUCCUGAAUAUA